AUGCCGAGCGGGAAGGUUGGUUUCAGCAAAGCCAUGUCCAACAAAUGGAUCCGUCUGGAUAAAGCUCAUGAGGGAGGACCAAGAGUCUUUAAAACCGUGGAAACUAUUGAGGAUACAGUAAGGGACAAACUACAGCUGGUGCAGAAGGGACUGUCGGCAAAACUAAAGGACAAAGAGAAGAAUGAACUCAAGAAACGUAAACUGCUAUCAGAAGUGACGGUUAAGUCAUACCGGAUCACUAAAGGCAGCAGCUUCAGUACCACCAUCACCAAACAAGAGACAGAACUCACUCCAGAGAUGAUCGCCAGUGGAAGCUGGAAGGAGAAGAAGUUCAAGCCGUAUAAUUUCGAGGCGAUGGGUGUCGCUCCAGACUGCGGUCACCUGCACCCGCUCAUGAAGGUCCGGACGCAGUUCAGGCAGAUCUUCCUGGAGAUGGGGCCUUUUAUGGACCGCUGA